AUGGUAAAAGGACCCGAUGGAGAGUUAGUCGAGAAAGAAGAGCCAAACUAUAAAGUAACCGGUGCUUUGGGGAAAGACCGCAAUACAGGAGUUAUGUACAAUGGUGUUUUGCUGAAAUGGUGCGAACCUACAGAUGCCGCGAAGCCCAAUUUGAAAUGGCGUGUAUACGAAUUCAAGGACAACCAAAUUAUUGGUAUUCGAAUGAACAGCGUGGCAUAUACAAAAUACCUCCAUCGCUGCUCCGCGUUUUUGAUUGGUCGAGAUGAGCGCGUCUGCGAUUGGCUGCUCUACCAUGAAUCGAUCAGCAAGCAGCAUGCCGUGCUACAGUUCCGCAAAGUGCCCAUGGUGAGCAAUGAAUCGAUCAACAGCAAGGAAAAGGGCGAAUUCCGCCGAAUGGUGAUCAGGCCGUAUAUUAUGGACUUGGAAUCGACGAAUGGAACGUAUCUGAAUGGCAAGAAGAUCGAGGCGUCGAGAUAUUACGAGCUGCGUGAAGGCGAUGAGUUGCGAUUUGGGUAUUCCACGCGGACGUACAUUCUGCUGAACGAGCACUCUGCGGAUUUGGAGAUGGAGGAAGAGCGACUGCGAAGAGAAAAGCAGGAAGAAAACGAGGGGCAGCAAGAGAAGCAAGAGCCGAGCGAGGCGAAAGACGACCGAUAUUUGAAUGAAUUCAUUGAGUGA